AUGUAUGCUCCCGAGUCCAAGCUUCAGCAGCUUGAGUUUGUUCAUGCCGAUCAAGGCACACUCGAGGAUAUAGAACAUUCUAAUGCUCUUGCUACAACCACGGCCGAGACUGAGACUGGCUAUUUCGCCAGCCUGCGAAUCAUCGGGACUAUAGCUGGCCUUGGCCUAGCCCUGGCAAUCAGCUAUUGGGGUUUCUCGCCACCCGCUGCAGUCUUGGAAACUAUCAACGCUGACAUUGGGCCGAGCGACAAUGCAAGCCUUUUCUCCAUCAUUUGGUCCAUUUGUUGCGCUAUUGGCAUCCUCGUCUUUGGCAGACUCUCCGAUAAGUUUGGGCGAAGAUGGUUUGUCAUUACAGCAUCAAGUACCGCGUUGGUCGGAGCAAUUAUCGCUGCUACGGCCAAGACUAUGAACACGUUGAUAGUUGCAAAUGUUUUCCUAGGGCUGGCAGGAGGCGUGCAUACCUGCCACGGACUUACCGUCGGCGAGGUAGUGCCGAAUAAAUGGAAAUUUCUGGGCGUUGCGACAGCCUCGAUCUCCAAUAUCCUUCCAACAGGAUUUGGAGCAUUUCUAGGUAUGUCCCUGAAGCUCGUUCGUGACUACAACUGGAGAUACAUUUACUACAUUUUCAUUCCUUGCAUGGCCUUUUGUCUACUAUUACAAUUCCUAUGUUAUCGACCUCCAAGCUUUCGGCAACUACACGGCACUCGAACACGGAUGGAGGAGCUUCGAAGAAUCGACUAUGUUGGAAUAUUUUUGAUGGUCGCAGGCAUACUACUCUUCCUGCUGGGAGUAUCCUGGGGUGGCCAGCCUUUGCCGUGGAAUUCCGCCACUAUCAUCUCGCUCCUGAGUGUCGGAGGUUGCAUAAUUAUCGUCUUCAUCUUCUGGGAAAUAUACGGGCCGCAUCCCAAUCCUAUUGUACCGAUGUACUUCUUUAAGGAUCUUCGCGGGUUCGUUUGCGCCAUAGUGAUCUGCUCAGUGGCCGCGACUUCCUUCGUUGCACUGAGUAUUAUCUGGCCAUCUCAGGUUGCCCGAAUCUAUGGCUCCACUGUCACCAGUUGGCAACAGUCCGCAUGGCUCUCGACAACUAUCGCCUUUGGAGUCUACUCUGGUUUUAUAUUCUGUGGGCCCUGGAUCAGUAUCAUCAAACACAUUCGGAUCCAGCUUAUUGUCAUGAUGACGAUACUAGUCACAUUUACUGGAGCCAUGGCGUCUUGUAAGCCGUCCAAUCUCUCAAGGAGUGCGGCCUUUUCUUUUUUUGCAGGGUUCCCAGCCGCGUGGCUUGAGCUCGUGCCAGCUCUGCUGAUUCAGUUGGAAUCAAAUGAUGUUGACCUGGGCACGGUAUAUGCAAUUAUCUAUUCGUCACGCGCCAUCGUGGGAUCUAUCAUGACAGCUGUGUAUCUUGCUAUUCUUUCCAGCAAGAUUACAUCAGAGAUUUUGAAGUACGUCCCAGACGCCGCAGUCAAGGCGGGCUUACCGGAUUCAUCUGUUGCCCAACUUCUGGUGGCAAUUGCUGCUGGCGGCACACCCGAUACACUGAGCAAGGUGCCAGGCGUAACAGCUUCAGUCAACGAAGCAGUCGGGGCUGCUCUUGUAGUCGCAUAUACUGCCGCAUACUCCUAUGUCUACUAUGCCGCGAUUGCCUUCGGAGGUGUCGGACUCAUAGCAUGCUUCUGCAUGAGAGAUUAUGACCAGUAUCUGACCAAUCAUGUGCCUCGCCAAAUCUACAGGAUCAAGGACCGUCAAGAGAAUAUCCAUCCCAAGGAGGUCGAACAGGAUCCCGAGGUUGGCAGCAAUAUUGGUGUCUGCCUUGGUAGGCCGACUACACCUGAAGAAUGCAAAGGUCCAGUAACGACCUUGGUGGAGUAG